AUCUAUCAUCUAAAGCUAUUCUUCAGUGCUGUCUUCCAUAAGUUCUUGAUCAUGGCAUCCACUCGCGAUAUCCUCAUUGUCUUCAGCAUGCUCAUCGUGGUUAGCCAGGCCAGUUGCCAUUUCUCUUCGUCUUGCACCGAGAUUCGCUUCUACGGCAACAUCAUGUCCGCGAAUUGUAGGACGGAUGCUGGCAAAGUGGUGAGGAGCUCCAUCGAUGUGAACGAGUGUGUGGGAGUCGACUAUUCGGGCAAGCUCGAUUGCUCCUCCAACUUUGUUCCCAGAUGCCACAACGUUGCAUUCAAUGGGAUCACAAUGGCUGCCACCUGCAAAGAUGGCUAUGGACAUGAGGUCUUCUCCAACCGGGCCCUGGACGAAUGCAUUGGCAACGAUGACGGUCACCUCAUUUGUUGCUAGAAACAGCCAUCUCCUCAUAAGAAAUUGGAUUCCAUCAGUCUGGAGCAAAGAUAAAUCAUUUGAUUGCUUAAGAAGUUUGGAUCCAUCACGUAAAGUUUGUGUGGUUUGGAAAUAAAAUCAUUUUGUAAACGUAUUUCCUUAUAAAAAUGUCACAUUGCUGUA